UCUGACCUAUAGGGUCUCUAUGAGUCAGAAUAGACUCGACAGCAACGGGUUUGGUUUUGGUUUGGAAUGUCCAGUCAGCCUGUCUCACAGGGUUCCAGUGAGGUUCAAAUGAGCCAAUACAUGUGAAAGUACUUUAUAAACUAUAAACAUCUGUAUGUAUGAAUGUAAGGUAACAAAUGCCAUCUCUUUUUGCCUGCACCUGUAUGGCUGCAAAGGCUCCCUAGUGGCGCAGUUAGCCCCAGUUUGGCUGCUAACUGAAAGGUCAUUGGUUCAAACCCACCAGCUGCUCCAUGGGAGAAAGAUGUGGCAGUCUGCUUCUGUAAAAACUACUGCCUUGGAAGCCCUAUGGGGCAGUUCUACUCUAUUCUUAGCGUCACUAUGAAUUGGAAUCGACUCGAUGGCAACGGGUUUGUUUUGCAUUUGGUAUGGUUGCACGUCACAUUAUGCUUUGUGUUAUGGUUACCUAUUUUUGUCUGCCUCCUCCAUGAGAUUGUGAGCUCCUUGAGACAGGGAUCACAUCACCAGGAUGUCUAGCCUGGUGGCUGUAUGUGGUAUGCAUUCAGUAAGUGGGAACGUGGAAGAGCAGCAGUCUGCUUGUAUACAUGCUUUUCCUCUAUGUGUUCUAGUAGCUUCCUUCCCAUUGGAUGAUAUGUGCUAGAACUAGUCCCCCACAUCAGCCUGGAGCUUUCCAAUGGGCACACCUGUGAGCAGCAUCUGUAAGAAAGUGUCCAGUGACAGAAGCAGGGCACCCAUUGGUAGACACGGACUGUGGGGACACCCUGUCCUACAGCCCUGGGACCCUUCCUGAGUUCUCAUCCCCUCUGCUUGGCCAGCAACCUUCCAAUAUUCCCAAGAUGUCUGAAUUAGUCUCCCUAAAAUCGGAGAGAGCAAUAUUGCUAGUUUGUUUGCCCUAGACAGUCCAAACUGGGAAAACUGAGAAAGCAAAUCUUGGCAUUUUUUUUAUAAAACAUCAGUGACCAUAUGCCCUUUUUUUCUUUCGUCCCAUUUUCAAAUCUUCACAAGAUGGCAACUUUGGUUUUUCCAACCACGGCUCCCAGCAUCCAUGUUUUUCAUGAGGCGGGGGUCUCAGGGAAUGCCAUUUGCCUAAUGGUGUCAUGUAUUUUUCCAUCCUUCAAAAUACCUGGAGUCACUGGGUAGUGCAAACAGUUACCAUGCUUGGCUGCCAACUAAAAGGUUGGCAGUUUGAGUGCCCCCAAAAGCGUCUCGGAAGAAAGGCCUGGCGAUAUACUUCCAGAAGCUCACAGCCAUUGAAACCCCUAUGGAGCACAGUUCUACUCUGACACACAUGGGGCCACCAUGAGUCGGCAUUGACUCCACAGCAACUGGGUUUGGUUCUCAAAAUACCUACUUAGUGUUGUGCACAGAAAAGGCGCUGGAUAAGAACCUGCUGAUUGAAAUUAAAAGGACUGGAGAAACCAAAAUGAGUAGACUCGAUGGGAGAUUGAUUGCGUAGGAGUCCGUUGACUACAUGACUGAAGCUGGAUUUUUUCGAAACCGCUGGCUGCCUUCACAUUUCCUGGUGGAAGUGGGAUAGGUCAGCAGACAACCCAGCCCAGAGUUGCAGAUAACUUUUGCCCACACAUUCACUUUUUGGAGCAUUGGCUUGAAAUUGAGGGAUGUGCGUGUGUGUGUGUGCGCGUGCACGCGUAUGUCUGGAACCCAAGUACCUCCCGUGAUCCCCAGAGGUCUCUGCACUCUCUUCAAAUGGGCUGAUUACAACACAGAGGAUGUGGACAGUGGAGUUUUUCCUGUUUGAUGUCAUGCUGCUACCCUUUAAAAGUCCGAGGGAAAAAAGGAGGGAAUCCAGCCUCAGAUCCUCACUCCAGAUAUCCACAACGAAGAAGAGGAGAAAAAGGCCAGGAAGGCACAGGCCAGCGGAGUCAGGGAGAGUGUCAGAUUUCAAACUUGGCUCCAGCCAUUCAGAGAGCCGCGAUGUUGGGGGCCCGCCUCAGGCUCUGGGUCUGCACCCUGUGCAGUGCCUGCAGCAUGUGCAGUGUCAGAGCCUAUCCCAAUGCCUCCCCGCUGCUCCACUCCAGCUGGGGUGGCCUGACCCACCUGUACACAGCCACCGCCAGGAACAGCUACCACCUGCAGAUCCACAAGGACGGCCAUGUGGAUGGUACGCCGGACCAGACCAUCUACAGUGCCCUGAUAAUCAGAUCAGAGGAGGCCGGCUUCGUGGUGAUUACAGGGGUGAUGAGUAGGAGAUACCUCUGUAUGGAUUUCAGAGGCAACAUUUUUGGAUCGCAUUACUUCAACCCAGAGAACUGCAGGUUCAAACACUGGACGCUGGAAAAUGGAUAUGACGUCUAUCACUCUCCUCAGCAUCAUUUCCUGGUCAGUCUGGGUCGCGUGAAGAAGGCCUUCCUGCCAGGCAUGAACCCACCACCUUACUCUCAGUUCCUGUCCCGGAGGAAUGAGAUCCCCUUGAUUUACUUCAACACCCCCAAGCCCCGGCGGCACACCCGGAGUGCCGAGGAUGACUCUGAACGGGACCCACUGAAUGUGCUGAAGCCCCGGCCCCGUAUGACACCUGCUCCAGCUUCUUGCUCCCAGGAACUCCUGAGUGCUGAAGACAACAGCGUGGUGGCCAAUGACCCUUUAGGAGUGGUCAGAAGCAAUAGGGUCAACACACAUGCUGGUGGGAUAGGUGUGGAAAGGUGCCGCCCCUUCCCCAAGUUCAUCUAGGGAAACCAGAAAGGAAUACUUUUUAACCAAUCCUUCAGCCAACUAAACCAUCUGUAAGAGACUAGUUCCCUUUAUGCUCCAAGGAAGGGGAAGGUGGGGGUGAUGUGUGGGAUUAGCUUCUUCUCUCCAUUCUCCUCCUCAAGAGGUCCCCUGAGAGUCAAUGUUUGAGGCCUGAGUAACAGAGUUUCACCACCUUCCCCAUCCCACAUAUACCACCUUUCUGAAUAAGAAGCCCCAACAGGUAAACUAAAAACAUUCCCUUUCAUUAAGGGGGAGAGAAGGGAUUGCUUUUUCUGUAUUUGUCUUCCCUAUGCCUCUCUUCCUAACCAAUUUAGCCCAAACAGAGCAAUGGCUUAGUGAGUUCACUACUUUCAAGGUGUGGGGAAGAGGCAAUACCAGCAGCUUCCACAUUGCUCCAUGCAUUUAUGUUAUGUGCCUGGACCCUGGUAGCAUGUGAGCUGGCAAACCCUGACCUAGGACAUUAACACUUGAACUAAGCAAGUUGAUGAAAAUCCCAAUUUCAAGGCUUUGUUCUUCCUUGGGCAUCUCUGUGAAAAAGCUCUCAAAACUUAAAUGCUCAGUGAACUCAGGCAAAAAUCAUGCUAGAAAACUCAACCUCCCUGACAGGGCGGGAACCCCUUGUCAUGCUCUCUUCCUCUGUGUCAAGCCAGAAAGCUGAGAAUAACCCUGCUCCAUUCCCAAGUGGCUCACAAGAUGUUCUCAUCUUCAAUUUUAGUGAAUUUGGCCUAAGGAAGAGCUUUAGUGUCAGUUCUUUAAAACCUACUCAGCUAGGAUUUGUUUUCCAAAAUGGAAAUAAAAUUGAAACUCUUCCUAAGAGGCAUUUAAUGAAGCCUAUACCUAUUCUUUUUUUUUAUACCUAUAAAAAAGAAAAAAAAAUUUUUUUUCUACUACUAAUUCCAGAUUGAGUAGCAAUCCAAUGUUACUGUUACGGGGAAGGGGCCUUGAGACAAUGGGGCUGCUCUGGGUUAGGUUUUCUGUAGACUGUUGAGUUCUGUCCCUUUUCUAAGUGAAGUGGCAUUGAGGGCUAGGGGAAAGGAUGUCCAAUAUCAAAGUGCAGGAGUUAUAAAAAAACAACACUGCCAGCACACUUGACCGAAAUCGCUUUAGCACUCUAGAGCUGUGGCUAUGGAAUUAGUUGAAACAAACCUAAGCUGACAUUUGGGGGCUCUAUCCACUUGGGAAUUCUUGGGCAUUAAAUGAAGACACCUUUCAGUCCCAGGUGCUCCAAUUCUGUCCUGAGGAAAAUAAAGCCUCACUUACCAAACAGCUGAGGAAUACCAGAGGAGUGGGACUGAUGCUCAGCCCUCAUGCUAGCCUUACCCCAUGACUUAAAGUCUUCCUACAAGGGGGGCCCAUUUUCCUACCUCUACGUAAAUGACCUCCUAGAGAGCAGACUGUUAACAAGCAAAGUAGACUUAAAUAAUGGCUUAUUCCAAGUCACCUUUUAUUUUUUUUCACUGCCAUCAUGGAGCAAGCCUUAGAAAUUGACCCUUCUAUUUACUUACCAGAGACACUGUUUUUCCCUGAUGAUUUUAAGCUGAACUUGAAAGACCAUAUUAUGAAACACUAAAACUAUGUACAGCAUCGUAUAGCAGUGUGUGGCAAAUAUUGUUUUUAUACUUUUUAUUUCCCAUUGGAGAUAUUACCCUGCAUAACUAUUGGAAGCUCUAUAAUACUGAUAAGCAGAUGGAAAAUCCCAAAAGGACUUUGGUAGAAAACUGGUAGUAUCUCACAACCACCACCACCACCACCAUCACCGGUGUUCUCUUUGGCAAAGCCAAUGUAACCCCAACAAUUCCCAUGUCCCUUAGCAUGUGGCAAUAUUUAUUUAUUUAUUUGAAAGAUUUUGCCUAUCACUCUAUAUUUAUAUAAAAAAAAUGUAACCUCAUCUUUUUCUUCUGUUUAAAAAAAAAUAAAAUUCAUCUCAGCUUCUGUUAGCUUCUCUUUUCAUGUUACUACAUAAAAUAUGUCAGAAUAUGAGGG